AUGUGGAGCUUCUUCAUCACCGGCACCCCCAGUCCUUCUUCCGCAGGGCUGCUCUCAAUCACAUCCUCCCCCAUCCCGCUGUCGGCGCUGCUGCAGCCGCGGCUCGGAUUCCGCCGCGCCCGGGCCGAGGAGCCGCGCCGCCUCUGCCCGCCGCCUCCCCGCCGCGCGGGGCGCCCCGAGCCGCGCCGCCUGCUGCGCCCGCUGUUCUUCGCCGUGGGGGUGUCAGGCUCAGCGUUUGCGUCCGCUGCGGUCUGGCAGUAUGAGUCACUCAAGUCCCGUGUCCAUACGUACCUGGAGGAGGCCCGGGCAGACUGGCUGGACAGGAUGCGGCCGCAGAAGAGGGGAGACUCUCAGGAAGCAGUUAACAGCUUGAAUAGCCUGACCGAGGGUCAGCGGACUGUGACAGGAAUUAUUACUGCAAAUGUCUUUGUAUUCUGUUUAUGGAGAGUGCCUGGUAUGCGACGGGUUAUGUUUACAUAUUUCACCUCAGAUCCAUCCUCCAAAGCCCUGUGUUCUCCCAUGCUGCUCUCUACUUUAGUCACUUCUCUCCUGUUCCACAUGGCAGCAAAUAUGUAUGUUUUAUGGAGUUUUUCCAGCAGCAUUGUGUCUCUUCUGGGAUGUGAGCAGUUCAUGGCAGUGUAUCUUUCUGCUGGGGUCAUUCUCCACUUUGUCAGCUAUGUUGCUAAAAUGGCCACUGGAAGGUUUGAACCAUCCCUUGGAGCGUCAGGAGCUAUAAUGACUGUCGUUGCAGCCGUAAUGUACAAAGAUGCCAGAAGCAAAACAGCCAUCAUAUUCCUUCCAAUGUUCACAUUUACCGCGGGAAGCGCUUUAAAAGCCAUAAUUGCAUUCGACACUGCAGGGCUUGCUCUAGGGUGGAGACUUUUUGACCAUGCUGCACAUCUUGGAGGAGCUCUUUUUGGCAUGUGGUACGUGACUUAUGGCCAUGAGCUCAUAUGGAAGAACAGAGAACCACUGGUGAAAGCCUGGCAUGAAAUGAGGACAAAGAACACGGGAAAAGGAGGAGGGGGAGGGUCUAACUGAUUCCAAUCCUAGAGAUUUCUUGUGGCUGAGUGGUGUAUUACUUGAAGACAUGGGAUUGAAUUGGUUUUGAAGGUUUUUUGCUACUCCUCUAAGGAGCUGAAGCUUCUAAUGUAAACUACAAUUACAAGAAUGCAUAUCAAUAGAAAAAAUGAACUCUGACAAAGGUGGAACAAGCUACGGUUUUUAUCCUGUUGCUCGCUGAGGUAGCAGUCUGCAUUAGGUUUUUUAAAGGAAGAAUAAAACAAAAAAGGUUUCCAAUGAAGUGACCUAAAACUCUGUCCAAAAAACUUCAAAAUGGGGUACAAGUGGUUAAUAUCUAGGAAGAUAAACAUUUCAAAAACUGAGGAAGUCAGUGGAUCAUGCAUCCCCUUACUGUCUGCCAAACACUACUUGCUUUCCUAGAAGGCAUGUAUUAGGCAGACUGAGUCCUCAGGGGUCUUUUAUUGUUGAAAAGAUUGGAUGAGAUAAGCCAAUGGUCUCUCUGAUCUGAAACUUGAAAUACAUGAAGCAGUACUGGAUUGUUUGCCAAAGCUUCCAUACUGGUUAACGGUCCUGCUUUAUUUCUCAAUUCUGGCUGAGAAACCUAUAUUUUUCAUUUCUGUCUGCUUCCAAGAUGCUGUCACAUCUUGUUAGGUUUGCUAUUGUGGUUUUGGAUAUUUUACCUUGAGUUACACUGCUUUCUAUAGUCUAUCACUCCUCUAGUCCUGUUAGGGGUUUUUUAAGUUGUGCUGUAUUGCUAGUUUCCUUCAAGGUUUUUCUAAGAAUUUUAAACCGGUAGCAUUGGUUCAGAUUGUGCCAGUUCUACAAAAAUAAGCAGCUUCAGCAAAAAUAGAUGAGGUGCCCGAGAUCAGCAGCGCUGCAACGGGCAGGAACCGCUAAAGGAAAUCUGCAGGUGGUGCUAUGACUGGGGUUCCAUAUACAAAUGAAAACAAUACUCAGUUCUUGGUGCACUGCUGCUCUGUGCCCAUCCUGCGAGGCUGACUGCCUGGGACAGGAGGUGAUGGGUUCAAACUCUGUGCUCUUCCCUGCAGGCUGAGCUCGUCAUUCCGGGUGGGCUGACUUCCUGAAGAAUACGCUGCAUCUGUGAGAAGCAACUUGUGCCUUUUUACUUCACAACAGUGCCUUAGAGAAAAAAAACUUUUUUUGGUAGGGAUAAAGAAUACAUAAUGCUAAGUGGUAUUAGUUGUAAUAGAUGAUGGAGUAUGAAAUUGCUGUCAGCUCCUGUACUGCCACCAGCCAGUGCUCAAGGCUGGACCUCUUUGAUACUUUGAUACUUUGUUGCUUUAAGAGCCUGUUGACUUGAAGGAAAAAAAAAAAAAGAGAAGGAGAUGGAGUAUCUAAUAUUCCUUUGCUCCAUUCCAGAAGCUUUCUGGCUUUGUGUUUCUAAUCUGUCCUUUCCUACUUGCUUCUCUGAUACUUGGGACUGAGCAUGCCAGUUUUUAGGGCCUCUGCCACAGCACAGGCAGCCUGCAGCGGAGGGCGACUACUGCCACUCCGGCAGAAGAGACCAGCAGCAUCAGCAGAUGGCCACUGGCAGUAUUGCAUGCCAAAGAAGCUCAAAAGCCAUAGCUCACAAUAUUUUGCGUGUUGGUUUUACACCUGUUCAAACACUUACCUGUUGUCUUUGUCUGCUUCCUUUUGGUUUUUUCCCAUUCUCUUCCUAAAGCCUCUUAACGAGUGAACAACUGUCUGGGUCUCUUUAGCACUUCUGUAUUUGUUGAAGGCUUUUUAGAGAUCCUGGCUGAAAGCAGCAGAGAUUAAUAAAUAUUGCAGGAAAGGCAGUAUAAAACCCUGGAGGACAUGAUAUUUUACAGGUCUAGAAGAAUAAGCCAAGGUUAUUUAUUGAACAUAUAUACAAGUACAGAUGUGCCUUUUCCAGGUUAAGUGAAGGCGGCCUGUCCAUCUAGGUAAAUGGCAAUUAAUGUCUUUUGGCAGGAUAGAGAGGUUACUCCGACUUCCUUGUCUUCGCCACGUACUCUUAGCACUUGAUUUUCAGUACAAACCAUUUAACACUCUCAAUAUUGGCUUUGGCCCUUUUGUGUGGUCCACUCCUGGGUGUUCAGCAUAAACCGUGUCAGGUUUAUGCAGUUUGUUACUUCCAUCUCUCAGCAGUGGUUCUUGGAAUACAACCCAGUCAUUCUUUUUGGCUUCAUCUGCCAAUAACUCACAAAGUUGAUUGUCUUUUAAUCCUCACACUUUAGACUGCAGGGACAAUACCCAGUGACACACAAGCAAGGUUUCAUCCUCUGCUUAGCAGUGCCUAGAUGAUUUAAUGUCUUUUGUCUGCCUCUUGCCAGAAAAUGUCUUGUGGGGUAGAUAUUAGCCCACAACUCUAAUCACUAGGAUCAGUUUCCCCUGGGGCAUGCCUGUGUAAUACACAUCUAGUUGUCUCUGAUUUACUCCCUUUCAAAGCUGGAAAUUCCACAGCCCUGGGGUACCAACGUGGUCCAAUUCACAAAUUCUUGCUUACUCCAGUUGUAGGGGCCUUAGAAAGAUGACACUUGGAGCAGGUAUCUCCAUUCAGAGACUGGUUCCUCACUGCCUAGCUCCUCUGAUAUCGUAACCACUCUCGGGUCUCAGAUAAAUGGAAUUUAGGCUAAUCAUCUCCCACCGCAAUCCACAAUCUUUCAGAUUUUUUUUCAAUGCCCUCUUGCCACACAACUGCUCUUACUGUCUCAUCCAAAGGCUGUGCAGGUCUGUGUAGUCUCUGGGCUUGUACACAAAGAAUCAAUCCUGAGAGUCUGGUAAUGCCAUAAGCCUCCAUCCCAGAUGCUGAAAGACAGGAUAGCGUCACAGGUGCUCAUCGCUGGGUGUUACCACUGAAAUUGCCAAAUCAAAGGCUUCCGGAUACGUAGCCUUAGCAUUGCUUGAUCUGCUGGGUAGGCAGGUCAUGGAAUAGUACAUCCUUUCAAGGUAUCAGCCUUCUGAAUUGGUUUAAGGGAGCCUUCCCAAUCCAUUGUACCCAUUCUUUUACUUGUAAUUCUGGUUUUGAUAGUCAGUGCAUGGGUGAAUACAUAGACCGUAACUAUUAACCAGAGCUACUGGUUUCAAUCGUAUUGAGGAGGGUCACCCAAGGAGGGCAGUGAUUGGUCGUGUAUGAGUCAUUUGUGCCAUGGCUUUUACAUCAAGCCAACUUCUCCCCUUAUGCCUUAAGGCCGGUUAGUUCAGAAAAGACCUCCAAAAUGUCAAUCUUUUUCUGCAUCCCUUCCCAAGAGGUGCUCAGCAGUACCGGAGUCUUCAGCAAAAGGCUACAAGUUCUUCGCCCUAGUAACCAGUGCCUGCUUCAGAGUUUGAAAGCCAUGCCCCUCUAUUGCUUGCGGAGACUGGAGUCAUGCUCUCCUGGGCUGUCAGCCCUGCUAAGGCAGCGUGGUAUUGCUGCACCCUUUCAGUUUGCAGGAGGGGUGUGGGUGAGCACAAAGACACAAGCUGACCCUUCAGAGGCAAAGCCUGCACUUCUGCUGGAUUCUCAGACUUGCAGUGCCUCAAAGCUCCUGAAAAAACUGCCUGUAACUGCCAGAAGUCUUUGGAUGUCACCAUCUUUCCAGGUGCGGCUGCAGUUUGAGAGUCACAUGCCUUCACCCUAACUUCAGGCCUAACAGCAUUCACCCUUUGAAGGCUGUUUGAUACCUGAAUCUUCCUCAUUUGUAGAAACUAGGGGAAUUUAAUGUCUGUAAGUUGUACGAAAAACAUUCGUAUAGCCAAGCAGUGGGUUUCAUGUAGUUUUGCACCUGAACCUUUGUGCAGCAUUGUCUGCCAAAGGUGAGGUAUCUUCUCUGGUCCAAAACGACUUUUAAACUGCCAUAGGAAAAUCAAUACUCAAGUCAGGCAGACAAGGAAUGACCUAGAGUUUUGACAGCUCACUAGAGUAAAGAAGGUAACGUUCUGGCAAGCCAGUAGCCUUGCAAAAACUGGCGUCGGCACAUGCCAGGAUCCCAGCAUUUAGUCACACCACUGAAUGGCGAAGGAAUAACAAGGAAAAAAAAAAUAAAGCAUACAAACACCCCCUCCAAAACCCAGAAAAAACAACAGCAAAAAAGAACCAGCCCAAUAAACAAAACUAACUGUGUGGAAAGACACCCUCCUUCCCCUUAAAGAUCUUACUGUUGAGAAUAAAAAUACAAUGUGGUAAUUAUGCAGGCACGUGGCAGAGACAGCAGCUAGUGUUUGUGUAGGAAAACAGCAGUAAGUAUAAAGUCAUGGUUAAUCAUGUGGAGAAACAGUCCUUCAUCGUUUUUCAGUGGCUUUAAUAACGUCUGCCGGGGCCUUGACAUAUUUAAGGAAUGUUUUGCUCUAGUGCAGUGAUCUGUGCUAUUGAACUUCCAUUUUAGUAUGAGAACAAACUGGUUGAGCCUCCAGCCCCCGUCCCUGGCCACAGCAAGUGGUUUCCCUUCCCAUUGUAGGGCUUGCCUUUGUCUUACUGUUGCAGUACUUCCCCGCCCCCCCCCCCUUUUAAUCAUCAUAAAUCUCUUCUAAAUGCAGACAACUUUUUAAUCUCAUCCAGCUUCUGGUUUCCCGGUCUGAGAGCGACUUUGUGCCAAUUUCAUCCUACGAGCCAUGAUGAGCAGCUGCUCAAAGCACUCUGUGAUGCUGUAGGUGGGCUCCGAGACACGCAGCGCCGGAGCUGAACUCGGUGCUAGGAGGCGGCAGGCACAGGGAGAGCAGAGACAUCCAAUUUAUUCUUCAGUACAUUUGCUAAGUCAGGCCUAGGAGCACGGAUCAGAGCAUCAUUUGUACUUUGCCAGUGAUAACAUGCUAAAGCGGGCUGUUUGGUUUUCUCCCAUGACUGUAAAAUCCAUUUCCCUUUAAGUACAU